UGACCUUCAGAAACAAAACCACAAUUCUUCGCGCCUUCUCCCUCUGCAAAUCGCGAUGGCGCUUUCUGCCGCGUUCCGGGAACGACUCGAACACAUGGAACGUACCCGAAACCAGCGCCUCUCUCUUCUCCAGGCGGAGAAAGAAGCGCAAGCGAACAAAUCUCAGGUGUUGGUGAUGAAGCUCGCAAGCAUGAGGGCCACGGAGCAGAGGUGCUUGGCGCACGACCAAAAGAUCGCAUCGCAAGGCUUCAAGAUCUGGACGCUCAGGUCUGAGAUCGAUGGCCUCGACGAGAAAUAUCAAUCCGAUUCACAUCAGUUGAGGUAUUACUUAAGUGUCUCAAUUGAUCAAGUUUUCGGUUGCUUGAUUCAUUAAUUAGGUUGAACUGGAGCGACUUAGAUUGGGAAUUGAAAAUGAAAUUGAAAUUGAAUUGGGGAUAAUUUUAGGGUUUUGAAGAGUGAGGUGGAGGAGCUUAAGGAGUUGGAGAAGGAGAAGAAGAGGUUUUAUGAGUUGAAGGGAUUUGAGAUGAAGGAGUUCAAGCAAAAUGUCUUUAGCAGCAAAACACUUAUUUCCACACGUACUGA